UGUGCCCGAUUAGGAGGUUUGUUCUGGUGAACUCCAAGCGAGGAGAGAGGAUCGGAGGAGCCUAGUGUGGAAAACGUGUGAUAAAGGCAUUUUGUGUGCGUGUGUGUUACCUCCCCUCCUCGGGCAGGAUUGACACCAGGAAAGAGACAGAGGUCCGAACGACACCCAGCCAGCAGAGCUGUCACCAGGGGUUCAGCUUUCUAAAAAUGGGAAAGAAGCUCGACCUUUCCAGAUUAACAGAUGAAGAGGCCAAACAUGUCUGGGAAGUGGUUCAGCGGGACUUUGAUCUGCGCAAAAAAGAGGAAGAGCGUUUAGAGGAGCUGAAAGACAAAAUUGAAAAAGAAAACACAAAGCGGGAGUUUUUGACCAAUCAAUCCCACCUCAAUGAAACACUCUGUAUCCACUGUCUGCAGCCCUUUAAGUUCCUGUUAAACAGCAAAUACCAGUGCUUGGACUGUCACUUGUAUGUAUGUAAAAGUUGCAGCCAGUACAACAAAAAGGAGCAAGGUUGGAUGUGUGAUCCGUGCCGCCUCUCUAGGAUUGUCAAGACUGGAUCUCUGGAAUGGUAUUAUGAACAUAUAAGAACUCGUUUCAAGCAUUUUGGAAGUGCUAAGGUGAUGCGAUCUCUCUAUGGAAGGAUGUCGCGUGGACAGCAAAUGACUCCUACUUUGCUGGGUCCUCGUGGCAGAGUAUAUAGCUUGCCAGAUGUCACCAGUGGUUAUCACCUGUACAGGAAUGAUGAGAGUGAGGAGGGGGAGACCAGUGAUGAUAUAGAUGGAGCAGAAGCUGAACAUUAUGCCAGGAUGCGCAAGACAAAGCGCCUACUUUCUGUCCAUCCCUUUGAUUUUGAAACUGACUCAGAAUAUUCUGCCCAAUCUCGCCGUCAAUCUGUGCAGCUUUCUUCGGGUCCUGGGAAAGAAGGCUUUCAGAGCACUGAAGAUUUUCCAAAUGGCGAGGAAGCCUCUUUGCAGAAGGACUCAAUGGUAGCUGAAGCAGACUUGGCUGCUGCCUUCCAUCAUAUCUUGCAAGAGCAGGGACGGCACACAUCUCUUCCAGAACAGGAAUUCAGCACAGAAGUCCAGUUUGCAGGCAACCCGCAUACCAAAAACCUGGAAAGAAUCCCGAAGGCUGGCAGCCCAUGGGAUGUGCAGUCCCAACUCUCAGCUGAGCUGGACACUUCUGGUGAAAAUGAAAAAGGGGCUCAAGAAAACUUUAUUUAUCUGCCACAAUACACAAAACGCAGGAGCCAAGCAUCAUCGCAGAAAAACGUAGAUCACUCUGGAAAUCAGAUAUUUGAACUGAACAGACGCAUCUCUCUUAUUGAAUGGGUGCUCAGCCGCCUUGAGGAAAAGAUCCUAGUUCAGUCUGAGAAGCCCCUGGCUAUUGAAUCCCACAUUGAUCAUAGCGCAGAAGAGAAGGAACUGAAGAGAAAAUUAGAAGAAUUAGCAAGUAACAUAACUGAAAAAGCUGUAUCUUCUGAUGAAGAAAAUACCGGAAAGAAGACUGAAGAAUCCAAACCAGAAAUGAGCUCAUCCAAUGAUGACCUUCCUCCUGAUGCUAAAAAGGUAUCUAUUCCUAUGGAGAAUGUCUGUGGAUUGCAGAAAAGGCUACGGGACGUAGAUGACCAAGCCCAUCACAGCGCAACGACAGAUUCAGCACUGUCUGAGCUGGAAGACAAGGUGGCUUCUGCGGUGGCUGAAGUGCAACACACAGAGACCAAGGUAUCUCAUAUAGAAUCCCGAAUUGCUGCACUGAGUGCUGCUGGGUUGACAGUUAAACCAGUGGAAAGGCCUAAGAAAAAAAGAAGCAUUCGGGCAUUUAACCUUCAGACUCUCAGGAAUGCACAUAAUUUUUUAGAGGACUCAACCUCUCCUGAUACAGGAUCACCAGAUGAUUUCAAAGUAUAUAAGCAGAAGCAGGUCAUGUCUAUGCCACAGGUGUUGAGGAGGAAAUUCAAUAUUUCCCAUGAAACUGCAAGCAAUGCUGAAUCUUUUGCUCGGAACUCCUAUUACAGAGGAUCACUGACACAGCGAAAUCCAAAUGGAAGAAACAGAAAAGCAGAUCACAUCUUUGCGAAGCCUGUGAUGACCCAUUGGUCUUGAAAACAGUGGACUCCUAAGACCAAUACUGCAAAACCUUGCUCAAGGUUUCAUUUCUGUUGCUUUUCUCCCUUCUACCUAUCUACUUGUUUCACGAAAGAAGGAAAAGGAACGAAUUACAUUUGAAAAGAAUUCUCUGAGCAAGAAUCCUAUGGAAUUUGGGCUCUUCUAGCAGAGCAGCAGGUCUCAACUUAUGCCAUGGAAUCCCUUCCUCAGGACUUUCUCAACUCCUUCCUUAGUUACCAAUUCACAUAUUAAACAGAACUUUGGCUCCAACAUUUUUCUUUCUUAUCCACUCCUUAAAAUAUGUCUAUAUGGCCAAGUGGAUUAAAGACAUGUUUUCCAGGCCACUAAGCCCAUGGUUUAGCUUUAUUGGUCCCAUGUAUACAUCUUUUAGUUUCAGUGCUUGGAACUGUCCAGGAUUCAUGUUAUACUGCUGUUACUAAAUGAUUGUGUGGUAAGAAGAAGGAUUUGACUGUUUAGUUUUUGAUGCUGAAAAAUCAAUACUUCCUGCAGGUAGCUUGCACUCUUUUAAUUAAAUCUUCAUGUUCUGAUUGCAAAAAAAGAUUCAGUAACACUUUUAAAGACUAAUUCAUUAGCAUAAUAAAUGUAUAGAAUGAAUUUUCUCUAGUGCAACUAAUUCUGUUUACCCACUGGAUUAUAAUCCCUGGAGAUUUAUGCACAGUAACUAUAGACUUCCCUCAUUUAUGCUAGGGUUAUGUUUCCCCAAAACCUUGCAUAAAGGGAUUUGGGCAGGAAGAAGAUUUAGGAUGUUUCCAGACAAGCUGGCACAAAUUACAUAAUAGUAUUUUUCCCCCCGCAUGAAGUUGAGUACUUGGACAAAAAUGAUCAAUCGCAAAUUUGCAUAAAGUGAGAGAAACUUGUAUGUUAAGGGCUUUAAGGUUCACAAAACUUUUAUUUCUUUCAUUACUCCAAAAUAAUCUGGUAUCAUUCUGGAAUACAUUCUGUUAGCUCUUUUAGGUUAGCUAGUUAUACAAAUGUGGUAUAUGAUGUACAGAGAUGGCAUAUGAAGAAUUUUCUUCUCAUCAAUCCAAGAGGUCUUCCAAAAAGUAGCAAAGACUGUAGAUGGUUCUUGUUAAAAAAAAUAAUCUGUGCUGUAAACCUGGAAGGUCAUUGUCAGUCCAAGUAGAUAAUAUUACCAUGUAGUGUGACAACCUUUUUCUUCUACUCCUAUGCAGGAUAAUAAAAAGUUAUGGGCUGUUAA